AUUUCAGAAAAAAUGUUGCCUCUUAAAAGAUCUGCCAGCUUCAAAAUUAGUGUUGACAAUGUCAAAAUUGAACCAGUUAUCAAAUAUCAAAAUGGUCUGAAUAAUUUUCAAGAAACAGAUGAAACAGAGAAAAUCACACAAAACGGCGACUUUCACAUUCAAAAUGGCGGCCAUCAGAUCCAAAAUGACGACCAUCAGAUUCAAAAUGGCGACCAUCAGAUCCAAAAUGGCGACUAUCAGAUCCAAAAUGGCGACCAUCAGAUUCAAAAUGAUGCAAAUCUAACAGAGGAAAUAAAUGAUGACGCUCCUCUUAAUAUACUAGCCGGGGCAGAUUGGGAGAGCUUAAACUAUUCUGUAUUAAAUAUUGAAGCAGGGGAAGAAGUGACGGGACUAGCAAUUAGUGAAGAGUAUAUAGCUGCACAGUUCUUCUUGGAACCUGAAAUACAUGUGUUUUCAAGAAAAGAUCUGAAUUUACUUCAUCGAUUGAGUGGACAUGACUAUGGGGGUCAAGCAGUACAAAUCCUGGAUAACAUUUUGUACUCUGGAUCCAAGGAUUGCACUGUAAGAAGUUGGAAUCUCGGAACAGGGAAAGAAAUAGAAGCAGUUAAUGAUCACAGGGAUUAUGUCCAGUGUUUAUGCGUGAAAAAGCUCCGAAUGGAUGGAUUGGGCGAGGACGGAGAAAUAACUGCUCUUGUCUCAGGAGGAGCGGCUGAUCAUAGGAUAGUUCUGUACAGUACAGAUAAUACAGGUCGAUUAAAAAAGAGGCAUCAGCUUGACGGUCACAGUGGUUGGAUAACAUGCUUGGAGAUGACCGAUACCAUGGUGAUCUCAGGAAGCAAGGAUUGUACAGUGAAACUAUGGGAUCUUGCAUCAGGAGAUAUUCUUCAAUCCCUGACUCAAGAUUCAGAUAUUACUUGUAUAUCUACAUUCUCUCUUACACAGGGAUAUCUAAUGUUGAGGGAUAUCUAAUGUUUGGGAAUAUCUAAUGCUUAGGGAUAUAUAAUGUUUAGGGAUAUCUAAUGUUUAGGGAUAUCUAAUGUUUAGGGAUAUCUAAUGUUUAGGGAUAUCUAAUAUUUAGGAAUAUCUAAUUUUUAAGGAUAUCUAUUGUUUAGGGAUAUCUAAUGUUUAGGAAUAUCUAAUGUUCAGGGAUAUCUAAUAUUUAGGAAUAUCUAAUGUUUAGGGAUAUCUAAUGUUUAGGGAUAUCUAAUGUUCAGGGAUAUCUAAUAUUUAGGGAUAUCUAAUGUUUAGGGGUAUCUAAUGUUUAGGGAUAUCUAAUGUUUACGGGUAUCUAAUGUUUAGGGGUAUAUAAUGUUUAUGGAUAUCUAAUGUUUAGGGAUAUCUAAUGUUUAGGGGUAUCUAAUGUUUAGGGAUAUAAUGUUCAGGGAUAUCUAAUGUUCAGGGAUAUCUAAUGUUCAGGGGUAUCUAUUGUUUAGGGAUAUCUAAUGUUUAGGGGUAUCUAAUGUUUAGGGAUAUCUAAUAUUUAGGAAUAUCUAAUUUUUAGGGAUAUCUAUUGUUUAGGGAUAUCUAAUGUUUAGGAAUAUCGAAUGU